GAUACUUUUGUUUUACGAUACGUUUUGGAGAUGGCUGCAUAUGGUGUCUCUGCUACGAUCUCGGACCGAGACCUCGUUGUCGCAUCAGAAAGUCUCCGAGAGUGCGCGAGUUAAGAAGAGUACGUAAAGAAAAAGAAAAAAUGGAAUACCUCUUGGAAAACUGCGCCGGAUGGAAGCAGGCCUUUGGAGACUUGCUCUGUGUCCUGCUGAUGAAGCUGGUCUUCGAUUGGAAUUCCCUGUAUGAUGUUAAAAUACCGGGAUUUAUGAAUAUCCACCACCGGCAGUGGGUGCGGGCGGAGCGGCGGGGGAGGAGACAGGACCUCUCCUUCAUGUGGGGUGACGCUCCGGAGAGUCCGCCGGACGGCGAUGACAUUUUCGACCUAAGACGACUCUUCGGGGAAGAGCCAUACAUGGAGGAGGAGAUUUGGAUGCCCGGGGAGAUUCGGGCACCCGGGGAGAUUCGGGCACCCGGGGAGAUUCGGUCACCCAAUGGCAUGUGUAAUGGGGAACACAGAUGAGCCGCCUCCCCCUGAACCGGCGCAACUCCCCCCCUCCCCAAUUAAUUAUAUAUAUUUUUUAUAAUUAUAUUUUAUUAUAACAUUACAUUUGAUAUUUUUAUAUUUUUAUAUUUUUAUAUUUUAAUUUUAAUUUUAAAUACAC